AUGGAUAUUAUCUAUCUAUCUAUCUAUCUAUCUAUCUAUCUAUCUAUAUCUAUCUAUCUAUCUAUCUAUCUAUGCCAUUAUGGACAACUUCAUUCAUAUUUCUCAAUAUAUCGGCGUCGAUUUCUAUCUAUCUAUCUAUGUAUAUAUUCCUUUCACUCAGUUCAUUUUCUCUCAAACUCUUCAGGAAGUAGCAAUUGCGACUACUAUAAGAGGAAAAGCGUCUAUCUAUCUAUCUAUCUAUCUAUCUAUCUAUCUAUCUAUCUAUCUAUGUGUUUUUGCAUUUCUUUAUUUUCAUCCUUGUUUAUUCUUUUCCAAUCUUUCUUUCUUUCUUUCUUUCUUUAUUUAUUUAUUUACGUCACCCUUUUUAUUUCUCUUCUUUCUUUUUUCUCUCCUUUCUUUUUUCUCUCCUUUUUUCUUUCUUUCCUUUUCUUUAUUUCUUCCUUCCAUCCUUUUCUUUCUUUUCCCCUUUUUCCUUCCUGCUCUCUUUUUCUUUAUUCCUUCUUUCGUCCCUUGCUAUUUUUUUCUUUCCUCUCUUCUGAUUUUCGUUGUCUUUCUUUUUAUUUCAUUGUUACUUUCUUCUUUUCGGCGUCCAUUUGUUUUUUCUUCUUCCUUUCGUUGUUCUUCUUCCUUUUUUUCUCUCCUAUUUUUCCUUUCCCAAUAAAUGCUAUCCCACAAAUUCACUUUCUUUUUCAGGUGAUUUUUCUUUCUUUCUUUCUUUCUUUCUUUCUUUCUUUUCGGUGUUCUUUUAAUGCUUUUCUUUCCUUUCGUUGUUGUUCUUCCUGCUUUUGGGUUUUGCCACGAGUACCUUUAGGUGUGUCUCUUCGCUGUUUACCAUGUUUUUAUUCCAACAACCUAUAUCCACUUCCCACACAAACUUCAAUAUCGAUAAGGCCUCCUCCUCCUCCUCCUCCUCCUUCUUCUUCUUCUUCUUCUUCUUCUUCUUCUUCUUCUUCUUCUUCUUCUCGUGGAGUGUCUUCAUCCAUUGAGGCUCACCGCCACUUUCUCCUGAAGAACAUUGAUAUUGUCUUCAGAAGAGACCGAUUUGGUAGCAUUUUUCUCUAA